AGGGUAGCGCAAGCAACCGUAAACAAAUAUAUAACUCGGGGAAGGCAAGGCAUUAGAUAGGGACAGAGAGAGACGUUUCCCUUUUGAAUUCCCAUUUCCAGUUCCAGAUCGUUGUGAGAAAAGAGCAAAAGCUUACCCGCCAUGGGCAAAUUGGACACCUCCCGAUCAACCUCCUCCCCGGCGCCCACCGCCCGCGGCCGCCUGGCGGUGCUCACAGCUCAUUUGGCUCCACCGGCCGUCGACCCGCCUUCCCAUUUCGCCGCCGUCGAGCGCUUCUGCGUCUUGUCUAACUCCGACCUCCCCACCCACCUUAAGGGCACCCUCAGCAUCGUCGACGAGAGGACCGGGAAGGCGUAUAAAACCUCCGUGUCCGAGCAUGGCACCAUCAACGCCUCCGAUCUCAAGAAGAUAUCAGCGGGAAAGAAUGACAAGGGAAUCAAGCUGUAUGAUCCAGGCUACCUAAACACUGCUCCUGUGCGGUCUGCUAUUUCUUAUAUUGAUGGCGAUGAAGGUAUUCUUAGAUACAGAGGCUACCCAAUCGAGGAGUUGGCUGAAAAAAGCACAUUUGUGGAAGUGGCUUACCUCAUCAGUUGAGUAUUUCUUGAUACCAAGUUUGCCUUCUCUAAGCAAAUAUCUUUAUUUUCUCGGCUGUAGUUUUUCCUUUGAGUUCUUCUUGUUUCUCUUUCUUGAGAUGUCUGCAGAUCACUCUUCCCUCACUCACUUGGGUGAUCUUUGUCAAUCUAGCACCAUGCCGCUAAUACCUUGAUUUGUGCUGUGCUCCUUUCCAAAUGUGGAGCAUUUCAGCUCCUUAUAACUUACGCCAUGUUAACAGUUUUUGUUAUUCAAUCUCCAAUUCAACUUAUGUGUCUAUUUUUUUCUCCUAUGAUGUGGGGAAAUUUUGCUGUUUAAAGUGUGUAUAUUACAUUUAGCCAAACUGUUUUAUAGCUCUGUGCAAAUAUUGUAUAAAAACAUAUAAUCACCUCAAGGUGGAAGCUCGAGCAAGGAUCACCUAUAUGAUUUUUGUUGGUGUUGUUAAUGCUAUUAAAGUCGACCUGUCUUUGCAGUGUACGGGAACCUGCCAUCUGAAAAUCAAUUGGCAGACUGGGAAUUUGCCAUUUCGCAACAUUCAGCUGUGCCACAGGGUAUUUUGGAUAUUAUACAGGCAAUGCCUCAUGAUGCACAUCCUAUGGGUGUCCUUGUCAGCGCUAUCAGUGCUCUUUCGAUUUUCCAUCCUGAUGCUAAUCCAGCUCUUAGGGCAAAUAUUACACUUUGGUCAGGGGCAAGACCUUUACAAGUCGAAGCAAGUGAGAGACAAACAAAUUGCACGCGUUCUCGGGAAGGUUUGGUCUCCUUGCCUGGUGCCAACAAUUGCAGCAGCAGCAUAUCUUCGGUUGGCAGGCAGGCCUCCUGUUCUCCCUUCCAGCAACCUGUCUUAUGCUGAGAACUUCCUCUAUAUGCUUGACUCAUUAGGCAAUAGGGCUUAUAAACCUAAUCCUCGAUUGGCUCGAGUGCUGGAUAUACUUUUCAUUCUGCAUGCAGAACAUGAAAUGAAUUGCUCAACCUCUGCUGCCCGGCAUCUAGCCUCAAGUGGUGUUGAUGUGUACACUGCGCUUGCUGGAGCUGUUGGAGCUUUAUAUGGUCCUUUGCAUGGUGGGGCAAAUGAGGCCGUGCUAAAGAUGCUAAGUGAGAUUGGUAAAGUUGAAAAUAUCCCAGAUUUCAUUGAGGGUGUGAAAAACAGGAAGCGUAAGAUGUCAGGUUUUGGGCAUCGUGUCUACAAAAACUAUGAUCCAAGAGCCAAGGUGAUUAAGACACUAGCAGACGAAGUGUUUUCCAUUGUUGGGCGUGAUCCUCUCAUUGAGGUGGCAGUGGCUUUGGAGAAGGCGGCACUCUCUGAUGAGUAUUUUGUAAAGAGAAAGCUGUAUCCCAAUGUUGAUUUCUACUCGGGGUUGAUAUACAGGGCUAUGGGAUUCCCAACUGAGUUCUUUCCUGUUCUAUUUGCAAUCCCUCGGAUGGCUGGUUACUUAGCACACUGGCGCGAGUCUCUGGAUGAUCCAGACACAAAGAUAAUGAGACCACAACAGGCUAGUUCUCGAGAGCCACAUGUCUAUGUUGGGGAAUGGCUGCGGCGCUAUGCUCCGGUGAAUGAGCGAAUUUUGUCACCAGAAACAGACAGGCUAGGGCAAGUGUCUGUUUCUAAUGCAUCAAGGCGACGACUGGCUGGGUCUAGGGUGUAGUUCACUCACGCACACUUAUCAUUCAUACGGAAAAGGUAAAACAGGGGAAUGAAUAAUAGCAUGAAAGAAUGCUUUUGUGAUGAAUAAAUCGGGGCACCAGUCUCCAAUAUAGUUUCGCCAUCAUCUCAGCCCAGAGUAAUGUGUUGUUAUGUAUGCAUUGACAUGGGCGUGGAUUUGUACUCUUAAUUUGCCACUUUGACCUUCUGUUCCGUCUGAUCACAAGAGAAAAAGUGUCCUAUAAGGCAAUGCAUUGCGCAUCAUAUAUGAAAGAACAACUUAAUUACUACAGGAAUUUGUGGCAUUUCCUUGGUGUGGU